AUGCAGUCUCUGCUACCGCUGUUCCUGAGGCCGGCGGCGCGGUUCUUGGGGCCGUUCCUGGCAGGCCGGCCGGCGGAGGCGGCGGCCACGAUGCUGCACCGCGCCGGCGUGCUCCCGAGGAACAGGGCGCUGGAGCGGCUCGUGAGGGACGACGGCGGCGCCGAGGACUGCAUCGCGCGUCUCGUCGUCAGCGUGGUGAGCUGCCUCUGCUAG